CACGUUGACUCAUGUUCGAUGGGCAUGAAGGAGAAACAGUAGUGAAAAGGGGGCCCAACAAGCUUCAAUGGUCCCACCAAAAUUGAAACCUCUCCGAUCCAAAUCAAGGACGAAGAGCCACACCCAGUCGACCUAUUCUAGCAUUUAUUUUUGGGAAGAAAUUUUCCUUUCUUCGUCGACAUUUCCGAGGACACACACACACCCACCCAAAAGCCCCCGUCUCCCUCCCUCUCUCUCCCAUACGGAGAUCGGCCUGUUUGAUGAUCAUUCUUCCCUUUAAUUAACGUUGGUUGGGCCUGUUUACAGAGCAGAGCUUUCUACUUGUUGGCGGUCCGUUUUUCUUAAGCUGUCUCGGCAAGCGAGAGAGUUCUUUUUGGGUUCCUUCGCUCUCCGAUUACUACUUUCUUGUUCUCUUUUCCUUAAUUUGACUUGCCGGGCAGUUAAAUUCGUUUGAUCAUUGAUUGUUGUCGGAUCGACAAGCUAUCGGGUUUGUGCUUUCAAAGGGUGGAGCUUUAUGAGUUGCUAUUAAAUGGGUCGUCCCGUGGCGGUGUCAAAUUGAGAUUUCAUCGGUCUGGGUUGUGAUCGGUGGAGUUUUGAUUUGGGUCUCUCUCGGGUUCUUGAUUGAACCCAGCUGGAGUUUUGCUGUUUCAAGAGACUGAAAUUCAAAAACAGAACAGUUUGCUGUUUUGAGAGAGAGAGAAUGCCUGAUGAUUAUGUGAGGCAAUCAUUUGGGUGCUUGAAUUAUGGUUGGAAUUUGAAUUCUAUAUCUGGUUGUGUUGAGGGAUCAUAACAUUUCUGUAGAGAUGUAUGCAGUAGGUAGGCUAGGUAGUUACAUCACACGGGGCGUCUCCACUGUUUCUGGUCCAUUUCAUCCCUUUGGUGGAGCUGUGGAUAUAAUUGUGGUGGAGCAACCGGACGGCAGCUUCAAAUCGUCUCCCUGGUAUGUCCGCUUCGGGAAAUUCCAAGGCGUGUUGAAGGCGAAGGAGAAGAUCGUCAACAUCAGCGUCAAUGGAGUUGAGGCCGAGUUUCACAUGUAUUUGGACCGAAGAGGAGAGGCUUACUUCCUCCGAGAAGUCGAGGGAGAAGAUGGGGAUUCGGUGCCAUUCCCGUCUUCUUCGUCUUCUGGCGACGAUACAGAUGGGCAGUCUCAGGCAAAUAAUAAGAGGCCGAUGAAGUACAAAAGCUGCAAUUUCAACUCGAGAGGACCAGAUUCCACCGAUUUGAGCGAUCAAAAGAUUGUUGCUAGGACCAAUUCUCGAAGGUCGCGCAUUUUCGGGCUGGUUUUUGGGCGGAGGUCGAUGAAGGCAGAUGGUUAUAAGGAUGAAGAUGGUGAUCCCGGUGUGGAGAGGGUGGAUUCGUUGGAGCGUGCAGAGAUUGCCGCAGACCUCUUGGAGAUGAAGUGGUCAACAAAUCUUUCCACUAAGAACUACGGGAAGGAUGCUGCUUCUCGGUUUCGUGCUAAUGUUGUUCUGGAUAAUAAGCCUGACGAGGUUUUGCAGAUAGAGGACAAAAAUGGCGGGGCAGAAAAUCCUUUGAAGAGCGGUUUAUCAUGUGAAGGAACUGAUUCUGGUCACCAGGAUCAGUCAGUUGAAUGGGUGGAGCAUUGUGUUUCCAAUGGUGGCGAAGAAUUGCCACGUGAUAGCACUUCAGAACAGGUUUUUGAAAUUUCAACAGUCAGGGACAGUGUUUUGGAAGAGCAGAGUGACUUAAUAGUGGAAGAAACUAGACAGUAUGUCCAUAGUGUGGAUACUGCUGACAAGACUGUAAAUGUAGAGGUUGUAAUUGCCGAGAUCCCUGGCCCUGUUUCAGAAACUUCCAGUUUGCUGGAUCAGGAAGAACUCAAGAAAUACGACGGAUGGGAUUCCACUGAAAAGAAUGCUGAUUUUCUGGAAAAUGGCAUUGUUUACGAGAACAGGGAUGCUGAUAAAAUUGAAUCCUGUGCUUACUGGGUGACGUCAGAGACCUUUGAUUCAGGAUUGCAUGCAUCAACUGAGCAUUCUCAUGAAGAAACGUACCUUGCUAGUGGAGAAGCUAGUGAAGUUUCUAGCAAAACAAUUGAAGCCAAAACUGUGAUACCGCCUGAGCAGGAUAUAAUCACCGAGUUCCAAGCUGAAGAUGUUGAACUGGACAAACAACAAAAGGAUUCUCAACAGACAUUUACGUCUCCUUGGUUAAUAGAUGAAUGUAUUAAACUGCAAGAUGAAGAGCCAGUUUUAGCAGCAGCUUCUUUUGACAAGAUAGCAGAAGCUGAACCCACAUGUGGUGAAGAUAUCCGGAGCAUGAUUAGUGUCACUGAAAAAGAUCACCUCUCUUAUGAUGAUAAAAGCUAUAGAGAUAAUAUCGGUAGUGAGCUGAAAGUUAACUUGGAGACCAGUGGCAAUGCUGAGAACUGCCAUGGUGAUUGCCUUGUGUCAAAAACUACAAUUUCUCCAACAUCUGAAAGUUCAGAGGAGGAACAAUUUCCUUUCAGUGAUCUUGAUGGAUUCAAUGUCAAUGAGGUCACAUGUAUGGAUGCAGUUUCACCAGAGCCUAUGAAUGAAGAAAGUCAUCCCUUGUUGAGUAUGCAAUGCGGUGGGGUGACUGAUUCGAGUGAUGGACAUGAGAAGUCAUGCGCAUCUUCCGAUUUUGAAGAUCAAGAGAAUUCAUCAAUUGACCCUGAUAGUACAAUUAAGGAGUCAAAUAUUGUGUCAAGCCCCAUUAACAUUUCUAGAAGCCACGGCAUUGGUGGGGAUGAAGGUAUGUGGCUAGUGGAAUCAAUGCCAAACAUGAGGUCUCAUGUUGAAAAUGUGGACUCAUGUGUGCUCCACGUUCCCCUUGGUCACUCACUAGAUUCAAAUUACAAAUCACUGGAAUUUUCUAUCCCCAAAAAGGAGGAUGCAAGCUGUUCAAGUUCUUAUGCAUGCAAAGAGGACCAAUUAGCGCAAGACCAGCCUAAUGCUGAAGACAUCCAGGGUUUAGGGGGCACGGCAAAUUUUCCUUUCGAUCCUGCAGUAGAAGUGUCCCUCUGCAGACACUUGUUGUAUGUAGGUAUGGGGGCUGAUGCUGCGUCCCAAGCAUUUGAUGCUGAAAAAUUGGACAUCCAUAGAUAUACUUCUCUAGGUCCUUCUGUUGUCAAGGAUGAUAGGCUUGUUGUUAGAAUUGGCGGUCGCUACUUCCCUUGGGAUGCAGCUUCUCCCAUUCUUCUGAGGAUGGCUUUAUUUGGAACUGAUCGGAUAUUCGAACCAAAGGGCAUGAUAGCCAUUGAUAAAGAUGAGAGAACUCUUGAUGGGGAUGCAUCAAAAGCCAUAAUUUCACCUGGUGGAAGCUGGAGAAUUUGGCCCUUCUCCUUCAAAAGUUCCAAAUCUCGAAAAGCUAUGUAUAGUGUUAGAAGCUUCGGUGCUGAAAGUGUUUCAGAGAUAGCUAACAGCCUGAAUGCAGACGAAUUGCUGCCUAAACCAGAAGUGGUGAAAAAGAUGGCGAGGGCAAUGACUCCCACAUCUAAGCAGCUUGCAUCCUUAAAUUUGAAAGAAGGAAGCAAUUUGGUGACCUUCACAUUUUCCACUGCAAUGCUGGGAAAGCAGCAGGUAGAUGCACGAAUAUAUUUGUGGAAAUGGAACACUCAUAUCAUCAUCUCGGACGUUGAUGGGACCAUAACCAGAUCGGAUGUUUUGGGUCAGUUUAUGCCUUUAGUUGGAGUUGAUUGGUCACAAAGUGGGGUUGCACAUCUGUUUUCAGCUAUUAAGGAAAAUGGGUAUCAAUUGCUUUUUCUUAGUGCACGUGCAAUUUCUCAGGCUUAUCACACUAGGCGAUUUCUGUUCAACAUCAAGCAGGAUGGCAAGACUUUACCAGAUGGACCUGUUGUCAUUUCUCCUGAUGGACUUUUCCCUUCUUUAUUUCGAGAAGUUAUAAGACGGGCGCCUCAUGAAUUCAAGAUUGGAUGCUUGGAGGAGAUUAGGGCAUUGUUUCCUCCUGACCACAACCCAUUCUAUGCUGGUUUUGGAAAUAGAAACACUGAUGAAAUCAGUUAUCUGAAAGUCGGAAUUCCAAAAGGAAAAGUUUUCACCAUCAAUCCUAAGGGUGAAGUUGCUGUCAACAAACAUGUUGACACGAGAUCUUAUACGUCACUUCAUGCUCUUGUGCAUGGAAUGUUUCCACCGAUUGCGUCGGUUGAGCAGGAAGAUUUUAAUUCUUGGAAUUUUUGGAAACUGCCGCCUGCUACUAUCGAUAUAUGAAAAGGUUCAGUGGAAAAGGUCACCUUGUACAGAUGCAACUUGGGUUAGUCAUGAAUCUUCUUCAACAGCUGCGGUUGCGUUGAAGCUACAGAUGAUUCGCAUUCUUUUGGUGCUGCAGUGACGGGAAAAAUCAUGGAGUAGCAGCAAAAAUCGUGCCUCUUAGAUUCAGCAUACUAGUGUCGAUUAUCAAUUAUUUAUGCAUUGAAAAGAGAACCGAUAUAUCGUCUAAUCCCAUGAAGACUUCACUCUGUACAAAUCUUCUUUUUGCUGGAAGUUUAAUGGGGAAUAGGCUGCUGGGAAACCCCAGCUUGUAAAGUUCACUAGAUCAAAGUUGAUAAUUAUUCAUUGAUUCUCUCUC